ACAGGCUGCACCAAAAUGGAAGCACACGGCCGAAGAAAUUGUCGCAGAGAUGGACCAGAUUAUCGCCGCCGGUAAGCAGUUGGACGACGAGAUUGCCGCCAUUAGCGCCCCGACACUCGAGUCGGUCAUCACGCCAGCUAUUCUCUUGGAAAAUACACAGUCUGGCCCGAUCAACCAAUUGACGUUCUACCAGCAUGUAGCGACGGAUAAGGCGCUCCGUGAUGCGUCCACCGACGCGACAAAGAGCAUCCAGGACUUCUCUAUCGAAUCGUCGUCCCGUGUGGAUGUCUACAAGGUAUGGGAAAAAUUGAGCCAGGAUGAAGCGAUUCUAGCCGAGAUUGAAGCCCAGCCCGAGCUUCCGCGGUACCUCCGCAAGGUCAUGACCGGGUUUAAGCGUGACGGGUUGGCGUUGCCGGACAGUAAGCGCGAACAAGUGAAGGAGUUGAACAAAAAGUUGGCGGACUUAUCUUUGAACUUCAGCAAGAACAACAACGAGGAGGUUGGAUUCUUGCUCUUCUCGCGCGAGGAGUUGGAAGGCGUUCCGGCUGAUGCGUUGGCGCAAUUUAAGGAGGUUGACGGUCAGCUCAAAAUGACAUUCAAGUACCCGGACAUUUUGCCAGUUUUGAAGUACGCAAAACAUGAGGAGACAAGAAAGCGAGUCUUUGUGGCGAACCAGAACAAGGUGCCUGCGAACAGUGCGAUCCUCGUAGAAAUUGUCAAGCUCAGAACGCAGUUGGCGUUGACAUUGGGCUAUGACACGUACGCGAACUAUGUGUUAGAGGAACGUCUCGCCAAACGCCAGGACACAGUGUUGGAGUUUUUAGACGACUUGAAGCAGAAAUUGCAGCCGUUGGGCGCACACGAAUACGCAGCGUUGCUCGCAUUGAAGAACGCGGACUUACGUGAGCGCGGGCUUCCCACGGCUGCGGAGUAUUACAUCUGGGAUAACUCGUUCUAUGACAACUUAAUGAUUGAGCAGAACUAUCAGGUAGACCACCAGAAAAUUUCCGAAUACUUCCCGAUCGAAUCAGUUGUACCAAAGAUCCUUCACUUUUAUGAGACCUUGUUUCAGUUGAAGUUCGAGGAGGUGACGAAGGAUAAGUCGGUUUGGCACGAGGAGGUGAUCCAGUUUGCGGCUUGGAAGUUGGACAACGAAACGCCGGAGUUUGUCGGUUGGCUCUACAUGGACUUGCACCCCCGCGACGGCAAGUACUCGCACGCGGCCAACUUCGGGCUCUACCCGGGGUACCAGCGAGCGGACGGUAACCGGAGCUAUCCAGCUACCGCCUUGGUGUGCAACUUCUCCAAACCGGCCCAGGACAAGCCGUCGUUAUUGAAACACUCGGAGGUGGAGACAUUGCUCCAUGAGGUAGGGCACGGUAUCCACAACUUGGUGGGCGAAACGGCCCUCGCGCGCUUCCACGGGACAAAGGUCGCACGCGACUUUGUCGAGGCGCCGUCGCAGAUGUUGGAGUACUGGACGUGGUCGCCUGCCGAAUUGAAGAGCUUGUCGCAGCACUAUAAGACGGGCGAGCCGAUUGACGAUGCGCUCAUCCGGGCGUUGGUCGCGACAAAGCACGUGAAUGGUGCCAUGUUCAACUUGCGCCAGUUGCACUUUGCGCUCUUUGACAUGACGUUGCACACGGUGAAGUCAAACGCGGAGGCGGAUGCCUUGGACUUUGACGCCUUGUGGAACGACUUGCGCGAGGAGAUCUCGCUUGUCAAAAAUGGUGGCGAGGUGACGCAUGGAUACGGUACGUUCGGGCACAUCGGUGGAAGUGGUUACGCUGCAGGCUACUAUGGAUACCUCUAUUCCCAGGUGUUUGCGGCAGACAUUUACUACACGUUGUUCAAGGCGGAUCCGAUGAACGUGGUGAAUGGAUUGCGGUACCGUGACAUUAUAUUGAAGCGCGGCGGAUCUAACGACGAAAUGGACAAUUUGGUUGAAUUAUUAAAAAGACAGCCAACGUCCGAGGCGUUCUUGACCGAGUUGGGUGUGGCCACCAAGUCAAAUUUGUAAAGACGAAGCUAUUGGCGUACUAAAGGGAGAUUAGCUUAAACUGCACCAUAUAAUACGGUUUUUGCUGGAUUUUAAUCGAGUAGUUUAGGUUACUGGCAUGAGAGAGCUGGCCUUUUCUAGCCUUUCAAAGUGAGUGGUAAAGACGCAGGAGGAAGACUACGAAUAUACAUCUUUAAAUAGCAGAUAUUCUAAAGGAACUCUUUAAAACUACC